GUCCUAGCCGUGGCAGCCAUUUUGGCCUGUGAGGCCCGUGCGGAGGUUCUGGGUCUGGACGAGCUCGGGAGGAGAGGUUGUGGCCGUAGCGCACAGGCGGAUCUGAGGCUCGGCGACGCCACUGGUCGCAGCCCGGGACAGGACAACCACAGGAACACCGCCGAGCCCGCGUCCCCCCGCCCGCCAACAGAGUCAUGGCUGCAGCGGCCGCUCUGAGGGACCCCGCUCAGACUACUGUGGAUGAUGUCAGCCACAUUAUGGUAUAAGCCCUGAAGUUAAGAGCAGUGUGACCUUUGAAGACGUGGCUGUAAACUUUUCCCUGGAGGAAUGGAGUCUUCUUAAUGAGGCUCAGAGAUGCCUGUACCAUGACGUGAUGCUGGAGACCUUGACACUUAUAUCCUCCCUGGGUUGUUGGCAUGGAGGGGAAGAUGAGGCAGCACCUUCUAAGCAGAGCACUUGUAUACAUAUAUACAAAGACCAGGGAGGUCAUAGUGGAGAAAGGCCUUAUGAGUGUGGGGAAUAUAGGAAAUUAUUAAAGAACAAGUCCUGCCUCACUGAACCCAGAAGAGAUCACAAACACAGGAAUGUUCGCACUGGAGAAAGACCUUAUGAGUGCAGCAAAUAUGGGAAUUUAUUUCACCAAAACCCUACACUCCAUAUUGGUGAGAGAUUUCAUACUGGGCAAAAGACCUAUGAAUGCAGUGAGUGUGGAAAAUCAUUUCACCAAAGCUCUUCACUCUUGCAGCAUCAGACGCUUCACACUAGAGAAAAGCCUUAUGAGUGUAUUGAAUGUGGGAAAGGCUUUGCUGAAAAGUCCGGUCUCAUUAACCACAGGAAAGUUCACUCUGGAGCAAAGCGUUAUGAAUGCAAUGAAUGUGGGAAGUCCUUUGCUUAUACAUCUAGUCUCAUUAAACACAGGAGGAUUCACACUGGAGAGAGGCCUUAUGAGUGCAGUGAAUGUGGGAGAUCCUUUGCUGAAAACUCCAGUCUUAUUAAACACUUGAGAGUUCACACAGGAGAAAGGCCUUAUGCAUGUGGUGAGUGUGGAAAAUCAUUUCGCCGAAGCUCUUCACUCUUGCAGCAUCAGAGAGUUCACACUAGAGAAAGGCCUUAUGAAUGUAGUGAAUGUGGAAAAUCCUUUAGCUUAAGGUCCAACCUCAUUCACCAUCAGCGAGUUCAUACUGGAGAAAGGCAUGAGUGUGGGCAGUGUGGGAAAUCCUUUAGCCGAAGAUCUAGCCUUAUUAUACAUCUGAGAGUUCACACUGGAGAAAGGCCUUAUGAGUGCAGUGAAUGUAAGAAAUCCUUUGCUGAAAACUCCAGCCUUAUUAAACACUUGAGAGUUCACACUGGAGAAAGGCCAUAUGAAUGCAUUGAUUGUGGAAAAUCAUUUCGCCACAGUUCUUCGUUCCGUCGCCAUCAGAGAGUUCAUACUGGAAUGAGGCUUUGUAAGUGAAGCAAAUUUUGGAAAUUCUCUUGCCCAGGCUUUUUGCUCCUUCAAGGCGAGAGAGUUCACACUGGAUCAAGGUGUUAUGAGUGUGGCAAAUGGGGAAUAUUCUUUAGCUGGAACGCUAGCUUCUUUACAUAAAAGAGUGCUACCACUGAAGAAGUGCCUUUUGAGUGCAAUGAAUGUGAGAAAGCCUUCAUCAUCUCUCAUUGGUUACCAGAAUAUUUACAUGAGGAAAAUACCACAGAUGUGGAGGCAAUAUUAUUUCUUCUUCGGUUUAACACUGGAGGAGACCCCUUAUGAGGAUGCCAUCUGCCUAAAUUGAAUGUGCCAUACAUCAAAUAGCUGCAUACAUUCCAGGUAUUGUGGGAACCACAUAGUAUUUUUCAACCUGCCCAGGUCUCUUGCUAGACUUCUGUGACUGACAGUUCUCUUCUAAAAAGCAUUUCACCUUUACCACUUGGCAGGUGCCCACAGUACAUCAUUCGCCUAACUCAUCAUGAUCCAGAAGUAACUUUGAUUUUGUUUCAUUCAACAGAGGGAUUUUUUAGUAUCCUCAGUACUCACUCUAUUCUCAUUUCUUUCUCUCUGAUGAGUUAGGCCAUGAAACUGACACAUUUUUGGCACAGAGGACUUUUCUGAUAACCUGAAAAGAUGGACUGCCUUUUUCAGGGAUCUUUUGGAUCUCACAGAAUUCUUAAGAUGGAAUUUUCCAGCCUGCCAGUCAUGAAUCUCAGACAGCCUGCCGCCUAUUGCCCUGAUUUGUGUUGUAAUAAAGGCCCUGUUGUUUAAGACACCUUCAGUCUUUGCAAGAGGGCAUGGAAGCUCCAA